AUGGAUCAGAGACUCGUGAAGAAGAGAUGGACAUCAGCGUGGUCAGUUGUCCGCAUGUUCAUAUGUAUGUGCACGCUUGAUCGAGUGAUUGCACAAAUUCGGUACUCAGUUUUCGAGGAGCGCGAGCACGGAGCAUUUGUCGGUAACAUUGCCGAGGACUUGGGCUUAGAUGUGUUAAAGUUAUCUGCCAGACGAUUCCGUAUAGUUUCCGGAGCCAGGAAACAGUAUUUAGAGGUGAAUUUAGAGAACGGGGUUUUGUUCGUGAAUGAGAAGAUCGAUCGAGAGGAGCUGUGCGAACACACUACUGUUUGCUUCUUGCACUUGCAGGUCGUUAUCGAAAACCCACUGGAACUGUACCGAGUUGAAGUGGAGAUCUUAGACGUCAAUGACAACGCUCCGUGUUUCCCGUGGAGUGAGUUUAAUCUUGAGAUCACCGAGUCUGCCGCGCAGGGGUCGCGGUUCCCACUCGAAAGCGCACAGGAUUUAGACGUGGGAUCUAACGCGCUGCGCUCGUACCUGCUCAGCGCGAACCAGCACUUCACGUUAGACGUGCAGACGCGCAACGACGGGAGCAAGUUUGCAGAGCUCUUGUUGGAGUCUCCGUUAGACCGGGAGAAGCAGAAGACGCACGAAAUGGUACUAACUGCCGUGGAUGGCGGCUCCCCACUCCGCUCGGGCACGGCUCAGAUCAUGGUUACGGUGCUGGAUGCAAAUGAUAACGUCCCUGUGUUUGACCGACCCGUUAAUCGGGUGAGUCUUGUGGAGAACGCGCCUAGAGGGACUCUUGUGCUCAAGCUCAACGCUACAGACCUGGACGAAGGCGCAAACGGUGAGAUUACAUAUUCCUUCAGUGGCCACGCUCCCUUAAAAGUGCGUGAGCUGUUCAGCGUGGAUCCUAAUUCGGGUGAAAUUCGUGUCAAGGGGAUCGUGGACUACGAAAAAGCCAGCGUUUAUGAGAUCUACGUUCAGGCUAAAGACAAGGGUCCAUCAGCUGUGGCAGUGCACUGUAAAGUGUUAGUCGAUAUUUUGGACAUAAAUGACAACGCGCCAGAGGUCAUCCUGACCUCUGUAUCCACACCUGUUCAAGAAGACGCACCUCCAGGGACAGUAAUAGCUGUAAUCAGUGUCUUGGACCGUGACUCCGGAGAAAACGGGGCAGUGGACUGUAAGAUCCCUAGCCACUUUCCUUUUCGGCUUCACUCAUCUUUCAAAAACUACUAUACUUUAGCGACUAGCGAUUUUCUGGAUAGGGAGUCAGUAGGGGAGUACAACAUCACUUUAACAGCGCGGGAUUUGGGUGCACCACCGCUCUCCACCGGGAAGACUAUACAUGUCAUAGUGUCUGAUGCUAACGACAACCCCCCGCGCUUCAUUCAGCCAUCCUACACCGUCUAUGUAACCGAGAAUAACGCACCCGGCGCUUCCAUUUGCUCCGUGAGCGCAGUGGAUCUGGACUCUAAUCAGAACGCGUAUAUAUCCUACUCUAUUUUGGACGGUCAAAUAAGAGGCAUGCCUGUGUCCACGUAUGUCUCAAUUAACUCGGACAACGGUAACAUUUAUGCCCUUCGCUCUUUUGAUUACGAACAGCUUCGCAACUUUGAAAUUCGAGUUCAGGCGCGGGAUGCUGGUUUUCCACCUUUGAGUGGCAACGUGACGGUCAACGUGUUCGUCCUGGAUCAGAACGACAACGCGCCGGUGGUCAUGUCCCCAUUGCCGAAGAACGGCACGGUGGCAUCUGAAACGGUGCCAAGAUCAGCAGACGCAGGGUACCUCGUGGCAAAAAUCACGGCUCUUGACGCGGACGCCGGACAAAACUCGCGUCUCUCCUACCAAGUUCUUUACGCAACUGAUCCAGGACUUUUCAGUAUCGCUCUUUACACGGGUGAAAUCAGGACUAACCGCCGGUUUGUAGACAAAGACGCAACGAGACACAGACUAGUUAUACUUAUCAAGGACAAUGGACAACCUCCCCUUUCAGCAACAGUGUCCCUAAUUUUGUCGCUGGUGGACAUCAUGCCAGAGUCCUUGUCAGACCUCGGUGAGCACAUGCUCAGCCAUCGGUCCCCCUCCAACCUCGCUCUUUAUUUGAUCGUGUCUUUAAGCGUGGUGUCGCUUAUCUUUCUUGUUGCCAUAAUCGUACUGACUGCGCUAAAGUGUUACAAAGACCGGGACUGUCCGGCCGGUUUGGCGCUUUCCUCUCUUGGUACCGCGUGCUGCACUUUAGAAUCUGAGCCGACAGUCGAGUCGUGCAAAAAGUCCAACCUGAACCUACAAGUCUCCACUGGGGCAAAGGUGCCCACGAACUGCGUGGAAAACAGUACUGGAACUGGGUCUCAGUCUUACUGCUAUAAAGUAUGCCUGACACCCGAAUCGGUCAAAAGCGACUUCAUGUUUAUGAAGACAUACAGUUCUGGCACGCCGAGAAAUAACGCAGCCAAAGAGGCUGAAACAUUGGCUUGGAGCGCACAAAGCCGCAACUCAUCCGCGAACAACGAAGCGACAGCCCCAAACGAGCUGAAACAAGACAAUAAUAACUGGGCUCUUACCAAAAACCAAACAUCAACUUUAAAAAGUUGCAACUCAAUAAACAUGGAUGGCACUCUGAUGAGGAAGGUCAUGCAAAGCGAUUCUGAGAACUAUGUUGGUCCAAAGGCUGCAGGACAGUACUGGACUUGGGGAGCACGCAUGAAAGAGUGCAAGUUGUCUUCUCCUGCAAUGGGCCUACCAGAGCGAGCAUGGACACCCCGCUACACCCCCACAAAAAUACCCCAACCACAGUCUGCAGGUUUUUCACAUGUCCAAGCUCCACCAGACUACCAGCAUAAUGUCUACAUCCCUGGAACUCCAUCUGCUCUUUGCACCCUGAGGCCCAGCAACCACAAUGAGCUUGAUGUCCACAACUCCUUCACCACCUUUGGCAAGAAGCAUAAGUUCAUCUCAUCAAGUAGUUAUGACACACGGGACAACACGGGGGCUGAGGUCAUCAAUAAUGACCUGUAUAAUGAAUAGAGUGAAAGAGUUGACUGUGUAAUCAUUGACAGAACAGAAAUUAUAGAAAGAAAUGUUACAGAUUAAAAGUAAGUGAAGCAGUGAUAUUCAUUGCAACCAAAGCAGAGCC